AUGACACCUUUGGAGAGGCGCCUGAUAAAUGCUUCCAGUGGUGGUUCCUUGGGUGAUAUGACACCGACUGAAAUCAGCGAACGUAUCGAAAAGUUGGCGAUCGAGUCUAAAAAUUCCAAAAACAAAGAUGAGUGGUAUCCAGAUCGGCUAAGGGGUGUCAAGGAAAUCAACAAUGCUCACCUAGAGUCUCAUAUAUCUAAACUAACAAAAGCAGUGUUGUUGACUAAAGAAAAAGUUGCUGCAAAGAAACUUGGGAAAACAUAUGGAGGCCAAAGCUUAUCUGAACCAGAAAACAAACCUAAGGAAGAAUUUGAAGAAGUUCUGGUAGAAGAAGAAGAUGUAAAAGAGCCUGAAGAAGAAGAUGAGGAAUAUAAAGAAGUGUUGGUUGAAGAAGAUAAAGAAAAAGAAAUUUCAGGACCACCCAAGCCAAUUCUUAAAGAAUACAAGACCUUACCCCCAUUCCCAUCAAGACUGAAGAGUACGAAGCGUGAAAGAGAGGAUGAGGAUAUCAUGAAUUUUUUUUGCAAAGUUGAGCUGGCGAAAAUAUUUCUGCUAUUCUGCAAAAAUUUGCCUCCAAACUGCAAGGAUUCGGGGAUUUUUUCAGUUCCUUGUAUAUUGGGUAACCUUCAUUUUCUAAAAGCCAUGCUUGAUCUAGAAGCUUCAUUCAAUUUCCUUCCAUGUUCUGUUUUUGAAAAAUUAAAAAUGGGAACUUUACAAAAGACCGGGACAAUUAUCCAGUUGGCUAACCACUCGAUACUACACCCAAAAGGUGUACUGGAGGAUGUUCUUGUUCGAGUGGAUAAUUUGAUCUUUCCCGCUGAUUUUUAUAUUUUGGACACAGGAAACUUGAAUACUUUUGAUGAAAACUCUAUUAUUUUGGGAAGCAGUCCUUUAUUUGAGGGCUUUUGUGUGUUUUCUAAUGUCUCUGUGCAAGAGAAAUUUGCAGACAGAAAUUUAUCAUACACAUCAGAGGAGCUGGUAGAAGAUAAGCUUGGGGAGGUGAAGGAGGAGUAUCGAAUUCCUGCUGUAGAAAAAUCAGAUAGAAUUUUGAAAAGGAACAAACUUUUGGAAAAAGAAGAGGAGGAGCUGGAAUCCGAGGAAGUAUCAGAUGAAAAUCUAAAAAAGAAAAAUGUUUUUGAGCAAAGAAAAGGUAGAAGUGGUGAUUUCAAAUACGAGUCUGAAAAGAAGAAAGCUUAA